UCCGACUUUCCGUCCUCGAGCAACAUAUUUCCGGUACAAAUAAAGCUUCUUUUUUUGCUCAAGCGCCCCGGAGAUUAGAAGCGCAUGAAGAGUUCAGAGUCUUCAAAGGGCAGUAUUCCCUGAAGAAAUUACAAGAGUCCAGUUGAAGCUGUCUCAGUAAAACUUUUGGUGAGUCAAGUUAUGUUUGGUUUUCUCUGUUCAAGACAGCUAGUACAACUCAAAUACAGGAGGACCCAAUUGGGUUUUCUUCAGCAAAAUGGCUUCUUUAUUGUCAAAUCGUUUACAUCAGUAGUUAGCUUACCUGAAUCUAGUCAAAAACCAGAAGAAGAGGAAAAACAUUCUUUUGCAGUGUCUUACCUCAUCAACUCUUGUGGGUUGUCCACAAAAUCUGCUAUUUUAAAAUCCCGGAGGCUAAUAUUUCAGAGCCCAGAAAGACCAGACUCGGUGCUGAAUCUUUUCAAAGAGAAUGGAAUCAGCAAUGCCCAGAUCUCCAAAAUCGUUAGGAAGUAUCCCCUGAUUCUUUUAUCUGAUCCUGAGAAGACCCUUUUGCCCAAGAUUGAGUUUUUGCGUUCCAUAGGGGUUUCGAGCUCUGACCUCAUUACUAUCAUCUCUUCAUACCCAUUUCUGUUCAGAUGCAACUUAAGGAAACGUGUUAUCCCCUGCUAUGAUAUCCUCAAGAGUGUACUUCUUGUUGACGAGAAAGUGCUGACAACUUUCAAGCGCGCACCACGGGCUUGUCUAAAUGAUGUAACGAAUAAUAUGGCUCCUAACAUUGCACUUUUGAGACAACUUGGAGCGCCUUCAUCUACAAUAUCUUUCCUGGUAACUAAUUAUCCCUCUGCAGCUUUUAUUAAGCAUACUAGGUUUGUUGAGGCUGUCCACCAGGCUAUGGAAAUGGGAUUCGAUCCCUCGAAAACGGUGUUUGUCCUGGCAAUCCAGGUGUUAUUGAAGAUGAAGAAACCAAAGCUGGAAUCAAGAUUUGAGCUUUAUAAGAGGUGGGGUUGGUCAAAGCACAUGGCCCUCGCAGCAUUUAAAAGCUUUCCAAAUUGUAUGCAAUCUUCAGAAGAGAAGAUCACGAAAACAAUGGAGUUCCUUGUGAACAAAAUUGGUUGGCCAUCAGCAAAUAUUGCUACAUAUCCUUAUGUUAUAAAUUUAAGCUUGGAAAAGAGAAUUAUCCCUCGGUGUUCGGUUGUUCAAAUUUUGCUAGCCAAGGGUUUGAUCAAGAAUAACUUGGCCUUGGGGACUUUCUUGCUACCGACUGAGAGGAAAUUUUUGGAGCGGUUUGUGAUCAGAUUUCAGGAUGAUGUUCCUGAAUUAUUGAAUGUAUAUCAGGCUCGUGACAACAACAAGAACAAGAUCAUUCCAAGGCAUGUUCUGCUGGCUGUGAGGAACGAUGCAGAGCUUGGGAAGUUACCGUUGCUCAUGGCGGUGUCCUUCCCAACAAAAAGAUGGUGGAGAAGGCUGCCAAAGAGUCCAAGUCUCCAUCUAGGGCCACCAAGUCUCUAAAGAAGGCUUAGCUUUCCCCUUGUCAAUCGAGUUGCUUCUUUUUCAUUUGUAUGUAAUCUGGGUGUAGGAUGAACCUUGUUUUUUGUUGUUUGUGUAGGGCAAAAUUGAUGAAUUUGAAAGAUCUUGUGACUGCUUUGUUAGGUUUUUUCUCUGAAAUUGAUGGAUGAAACCACUUGUUUCA